CAGGAUUUAUUCAUGCAGCACCGUUUAAUUUUAUCGCCUUGCUUUUUGGACGCCGCUUCCGAUUGUCAGUGCUUCCUUCACAUAUUCAACCCGUGAAAACAGGAGAUAUGAGUGUGAAGAGAAGCAGCAGCGACCGUCCAGUCGGUGCGGACGAACCAGACAGCAAAAAGAGAAAAGGCUUCUCUGUUGGACCAGCAAAUCUCCCUGAUGGCACCUACAGACGAAAAACACAAAAAAUAAAACGGGACCUUAUCCAAAAAGCAAAGGUCAAGAAAGCAUACGCCAAAGUUAAGGCGCAGGAAGAAGCCACACACCCUUCGUCAUCGGCCCAGUUCGCAGAUCAAGACGCGCAUGCUGCACCCGUCGAUGUUGAGCCAGCAAGUCUCGAAUUGCACCCAGACCGUCAAGCAAUGGUUGAUGCUGCUGAUAGUCGGGACUUAGAACGCUCGCAGAAAGACUUUCGCGAUGAUCAGCAACAUUCAUCAAGAAGCCAGCCCCGCCAACGCAGACAGAAGCAAUCACGUUUUAAGAAAGAGCUGGAACUAGCUUCUCAACACAAAGCGAACAUUGAGGCAAAGCAGAAGGCCAGAGAAUUGAGGGACAAGGAACGUCGGGCAAUGGUCAAAGCCAAGAGACCUGGGAAAGACGGCAAGAUAAAGGUGGGUAGGCAGGGCACAGUUUUGUUAAACCGGAUCCAGCGCAUGACUGCGGAAGGCAAAAUUUGACCUUAAGGGAAGCAAGAGAAGGCCUCUGGUCUAUUUAUGGUGCCUUUAUCAUGAUCUAAUUUGGCUUGGAACGCUGGGUGACAUGUCUUCAUACUAUGUAUGAAUGGGAGUGAACUGUUUUCUACUUUGGCGACGUGGAGACGACUGAUCUUGAGUUCUACACCUCAAGGGAAGAGUCACGGCAUCAAUCGAUUAUGGCGGCAAUGCUGGUUGAUUCACCAACUGUACGCCUCCAUGCGCCUGACAGCAGAACAAAAGGGAGAACAACGAUAUCAAAUACACAAAGGACUGAUGUUUGCCACUGUAUCGGUGUCAAUGCGCGCUGAAAGACAUUCAGACAAAGGUUACUUGUUUCCAACUCUCGCAUAACAAAAGGCCCUUACAAAGGGGACUAUUCAGGGGAUUGCGGUAUAAUAUUGGGGUUGUCCAUGCACAGAUUUCCUCCUAGCAUGAUUCUUCAUUUAACAAAGAAGUAGCACACCUCAUUAUAUACGGUAAGAUUCACACCAUGUUUGCACCAUAUUCGUCAAUCGACCAGGAAAUGGCUGAGCCCCUUGAUGAGAUUGUGGAAUGCUGGCGUUUUUGGACGAGAGAUUAUUGGUUUGCCUUUAAAGAUGACGCCCGUUCAACAAGCUCCUGGCGUGAGCAAAACCAUGUCCUCAUACAACACCUUUUCGAGCACUAUGUUCGCCUCAGUUCAUACACCUGGGGGCCAUCUGAGGCCUGGCUUGUUGCGUGGGCCAUAAGCCACGCCGACUUACCCUUCCAGGCAUACUUGACUUGGUCACUUCAUUUGCUCGUACCAGACGAGCGUGAUGUGACCAUCCAAACCUUUGCAGAGCAUCUCGAGCUUUGGGCCGAUCUUUUUGAAAGUCGAAGAGUUAAAUACUUCAGAGAAGCUGUGGCCAGCGAUGAACCAUCUUUCCUGUACCACCAACACGCUGUCGGCUCUCCCUGGAUAGCGCAUUUUCUGCUCUCAAAGCCGGAGUACUGGCAGUACACUUGCGAGAUGUGGAAAACAUUAUGUCGCCAACGCCUCGAAGGCAAGAAUGUGACUAAUAUACAAUGCUUUGGUCCCCCUUCCCAUGUCUGCACUCAUAACGCUCCGACAUAUCAGGCUAUAGGGCCCGAGCUCCUCAAAGACCAUUUGGAUAGCCGAGAGAAAGGGGACACUGCAUCGGGAGCUUUGGAUUAUAUCCUCAGCCGCUAUGAGAAGCAGAAAAACAAGACCAGGCAACCAGCCAUACAUGAGUCUACCAAACCCAAAGCUCCAGAACAUGAAAAAAAGAAGAACAAGGGAGAUGACAAGACAUCCCCGCGUAUUACGAAGCGGGCACAGCUCCUUCAACGUAUAGCAAAUUUCAAGCCAGGCAAAAAAUUUCCAACUUCCACAAAGAAGAAAUCGAAAAAGAGCAUGAUGAUCAAACAGUCCC